AUGCCCUCCGCAGGCUCGCCAUACUAUGUGUCGCUGUCACACUCCCAUUCGCGCGACUCAUCGACGGAAUCAAACGCCUCCUCACCAGUCACGCCCACAUUCUCUGCCCGAGGACAUGGCCGCUUCCCGAGCUCGAACUCAUCGCUAGUAACCAGCCCCGACUCCCCAGGGGCCGCACCAAAGUCGACGCUGGAUGAUCUGGUGGAAGAGCCUGCCGAGCGAGACGAUCGCGGCUCCUCAGACGAUUUAGACGAGCCACUUUGCAUAUGUGAUACACCACUCUGCGCGCAUCGGCAGAGUACAGCUUCGCAGUCUUCGAUUAUUCCACUGCCCACGCCGGAAUGGUCACCCGGAGAUGACUAUUUCAGUGAAGGCGAUGGCCAGCUGCCCGGUGAACCUGAGACGAAACGACGUCGAUCGGGAGAGUUCACAUUCACGGACAGCUUCGCCGCUCGGCUCAGCCGCCGGUUUCCCUCCUUCAGGAAACGAUUUACAAGCCAUGCGCCCACUUCGACACUGUCUACUCCCAGCCUACGCAGUGCACCACAUUCCCGCUCUGCGUCACUGAAGGUCAAGUCGACACGCUCGCUUGUGACCUCUGGCGUUUAUGACAGCCGCACCAUAAAGACUCCUGCAUCCUCGCCCGUAUCCCAACAAGCCCAUGAUCGCUCCGUCAGUCCACCAAGCGUGCGAGCGUCUUCGCGAGCAACGGUUCAGCCAAGGGAAAUUUCCCUCGUGUCGCCGGACGAGGAUCCCAUCGAUCGUCAGGAACUCUCUUCGACGCCUCUUCUCCCGCCAACAAUGACCAAUUACUUUAGCGAUUCUUCAGAGGCGGUGCAGUCACCAUUGCAGUCACCCACUGUUGCCGCUCCAAGUGUUGCCGCAUCAAUAGUCAAUACACCAACAAGUACGCCAAUCAUCAACGGGUUCCCGACUCCACCUUUGUCUGCUAGAGCUUCCGCGGCGUCCUUGAAUAAGUCCCGAUCAAGCCAUGUACUGCAGCCGUCAUCCGAGAUUCCUGCUCUGGUGAUUGCUGAGGAGAGCGACCCUUGGGCAAUCAAGUUGGGUCAUGCAAACUUUCACAUCAGUCCUGAGCCGUACCUCCCCGAUAUAUGCGAUGCACAAAGUUGCAGUCGUCUGCGCGAUGACUGGGAAGCUGCGCGCGUGCAGUAUAUGCGACAAGCGGCCAGGACCAGUGAGCACUUCGGAGUGACGUCUGAUAUCUACAGAUUCACGGAGGAAAAGUGGGCUGAAAUUGAUGCUGAAUGGCGUUCCAAUCAUGAAAAGGCAUGUGCCGAAGCACAAGCAAAUGGAGACAUCAUGCCGUUCCAGCCUUUGGCGAAGACACAGCCCGUGUCAAAACUGCCUUCCCUUCAGGACCCACAGCGACCCUCGAAAUUUCCCGCCGUGAGCGAGAUUGUUGGACCUAUGGUUUCUUACGCAAAAAUAAAUCACGAGCGACCGCCAUCGAAGAAGCCAUCUUUUUUGAAGAUCUUCACCAACUUUGGCUCGCGGAAAUGA